AUGCGGUGUAGUUUGCUCAUAUGGCUCUUUAUUGUUUCCCUCGUUCAAUGCAAGUCAAAUGUGGAAUCAAAAAGUGUAACUGUGGUUACCUAUAAUGUAACCACUGAAGAGCCCGACUACUUCGAUGUGACUGAGCGAGUGCUAACUGCAUACGCCGUCAUUCAAAAAGAAACGAGUUACGCAGUCCGAAGAUUGAUUCAUCCUGUAAGAAGUGGAAUAUCUCACAUAGAAAGCGAAAAAGAUCAACUGCUGAAUAUUGUUCGCUAUUUCACCAUCUCUGAAAUUCAUAGAAAAUAUUCAAACUUGGUCGAUUUUUCAACUUUCGUCUCAGAAUUUGACAAAUUUUUGAAUAUUGUGGGAGAUAUGAUGAAAAAUGACGAGAUUGUUUCUCGCGCCGGCGUUCGAUAUGAGGUCACCAAAGCUUUAAACCAUUUUCUUGUGGAAAUGAUCCCUCCAACCUUCUUAUGUGAAACAUUGGGAAAAUGCAGAACCGUUCCUAUUGAGUAUCAAAAAUGCAUGUUGAACGAAGCCAAUGACUGGCAAAUAUUUCUUGGUGACAGUCCGACAAAAAUGGUUAACUCAAUUUCUGAAACAAUAUACCGAUAUCGCAAAACAGAGUACUUGCUAAUUGACCUUUACGAGCAACUCCGACACACUUUCAAUAGGACAAUUACUAAAGAAUGUGUGCGAUCUUUUGCAACAAUGAUGGCUCCGAAAUGUAAUUCAACCGAAAUCACGAAUCGAUGCCCGGCGACAAAUGAGAUUUGUUACGGCAAUUUCACACGAGAUUGGGGUGCGAAACUCGAAUUGAUGAAAAACAUGACAAGCGGAUUCCCGGAUACAGGAUUUUUGCAUCAAUUCACCAAGAUUCGUAAAAGCAUAGUUGAUGCUAUUCGGGUCUUCACCGAACGGAAAUCGCCAAUCUAUGCAGAGCGUGUGGCAUCCAAUUGCGGAACAUUGGGCAAAAUGUGGAUCCAUCCACAAAAACAAAAUAUUACGCUCAAAAGGCCGUUGAAGUUUCGCUCGCGUGCCGAACAGACUGUUAAAGAGCUUCAACUAUCGGUGUACGCCUGGGAUCUGCUUUCACAAGAUCUUUGCGAGAAGUACCCUCCCCCCGCUCACCCGUCAAUUUGUUGGAAUGGAACCGAAGUUGUUUUCGUCUCUCAUGACGGAGUCCCAGUGUUCAAGGAUGUGAGACCAAGAGAAAUGAAAGAAUGGCAAUUGAAAAAGGCUGAGAAGGAAUCCUCAGGAAGUCCACUAUUCGAUGAUGAGGAUGGCAUUGAAUUAGAAGAGGGAUCGGGAAGCGGAAUGCCACCCACGAUCGACAAGCUCCCGAAAAGCACUAUUGUUAGAGAGCACCCAAAACAAAUCGACAUGAGCAAUCACAACGACGACCCAACCAUUGUGAUUAAAGAAUCGGAACCGGACGCAGCAUGGACCCAAAACGCAAUUAGCAUCAUUGCUGCCUCAGUUUUUUUUUUCAUUUUAUUCUAA